CCCUCAAAAUGGCAGAAAGAUGUGAGCUAGAAACCGAGUCCAAAGUAAGAUUCCUGCUCCCUGCUAUUUAAAACCAGACUCGUCUGUUUUACCAUAAACGAGUGGUUAUGGGGUUUGUGUCCAGCGCGGCAGCACAAAGCCUAUAAAAUGGAUAUAACGACGGCGGUUUUCAACGCGGCCAGAGAUGGUAAGCUGAAACUUAUCCAGAAGUUGCUGAGCAACAAAACUCCAGAGGAGCUGGAGGCUCUAGCCGAGGAGAAGACACAGGGAGGCACCCCUCUGUUGAUAGCCUCGCGAUACGGACAUUUAGAGGUUGUAGAUUACCUCCUUGAACAUUGUAAAGCAAAUGUUGAACUCGGAGGGUCGGUGAACUUUGACGGUGAGACCAUCGAAGGGGCUCCACCGCUGUGGGCGGCUUCGGCAGCCGGUCACCUCCCUGUGGUUAAAACACUACUGAAACACGGUGCCUCAGUGAACAAUGCAACACUAACUAACUCAACGCCGCUCCGAGCUGCCUGCUUCGAUGGUCACCUGGAGAUCGUCCGCUACCUGGUGGAGCACAGCGCUGACAUGGAGGUGGCCAACCGACACGGCCACACCUGCUUGAUGAUCUCCUGCUACAAGGGUCACAAGGAGAUCGCUAAGUUCCUCCUGGACCGCGGUGCUGAUGUCAACCGCAAGAGUGUCAAAGGAAACACCGCCCUCCACGACUGUGCUGAGUCAGGUAGUCUGGACAUCAUGAAGAUGCUGCUGAAGUGCAGUGCUCGCAUGGAGAGAGAUGGAUAUGGCAUGACCCCGCUCCUAGCUGCAAGUGUGACAGGGCACACCAACAUUGUGGAGUACCUUGCUCAUCAGCCUCGCACCUCCAGAGAGGAGCGCAUCGAUGCACUAGAACUCCUUGGGGCUACUUUUGUGGACAAAAAACGUGAUCUCCUGGGAGCUAUGAGGUACUGGAGAAGGGCCAUGGAGCUGAGGCAGCCAGGGGACAAAGCCGGUUCCCUGUCCAAGCCUCCACCGGGGCCCCCUAUCCCUGCCUACGGUUGUGCACAAGAGGUGAGCACUGCAGAGGAACUGGAAGCUUUGAUCACAGACCCUGAUGAAAUGAGGAUGCAGGCUUUGUUGGUUCGUGAGCGCAUCCUCGGACCAUCCCACCCAGACACCUCCUAUUACAUCCGCUACAGGGGCGCUGUGUAUGCGGACUCAGGCAAUUUUGAACGGUGCAUCAGCUUGUGGAAAUAUGCUUUAGACAUGCAGCAGAGCAACCUGGACCCUCUCAGUCCCAUGACAGCCUCCAGCUUCUUGUCUUUUGCAGAGCUCUUUUCUUUUGUCCUUCAAGACCGGGCUAAAGGCACCUUGUCAACACGCAUCACCUUUCACGAUCUGAUGACUGUGCUGGGGAAAAGCGUGAGGGAGGUUGAGCGUGCUGUGGCGCAGAGGGACAACCCUCCAGAAGCUCCUCAGUUCACCAAGGCCCUCUCCAUCAUCCUCCACCUCAUCUUUCUCCUGGAGAAGCUGGAGUGCAACCCAGAGCAGGAGCAUCAGAAGAAGCACACAGUGUACCGCCUGCUAAAGCUGAAUCCCCGAGGCCGAUGCGGCUUCACUCCUCUUCACAUGGCUGUAGACAAGGAAACCACAUCUGUGGGCCGCUACCCCGUCGGCCGCUUCCCUUCCCAGGCGGUGGCAUCACUGCUCCUAGAGUGCGGGGCAGACGUCGAUUCACGUGACUGUGAGAACAACACGCCACUCCACAUCGCUGCUAGCAAUGGCUGCCCAGAGAUUAUGGCACUACUUAUGAAGGCCGGCGCUCACUUUGACGCUACAAAUGCACAGAGGAAGACAGCCUAUGAGCUGUUAGAUGAGCAGAAUAGCGGACACCCAGCCCUCUACCCGCUGAACUAUAUCACCCUUCAGUGCCUGGCGGCGCGUGCAAUUGAAAAGCACAGACUGCCCUACAGGGGACUCAUCUCUGAGGAGAUGGAGGCUUUCAUUGAGCUGCACUGACUUCCACUACUGUACCUUGAUGAGGCACUCCUGCACUACUACUCUUCCUGUUGACUCCCACCUUACCCUUACCCUGACCUGCCACCAACUUCUUCCUGCACACCAUUAUCUUCAUCCCUGUCUCAUUUUGACUUCUGCUUCAGUCCUGGCCCAAUCAUUGCCAUCAUCUCACCUUAAAAAUAAAAAUUAAUAUAUUUAAUUUGUACCGCACUUUUCAUUCACAGUGAAAUUCAAAGUGCUUCAGUAUUAAUAACAUAGAACACACAACAUAAAGAAAAUAGUAUUAAGAGUUAAGAUGAAAAAGCCUUCCUGAAUAGAAAAGGAAAAAUGGAAAUAUUUGGUGCUUGUGUCAGACCAAACAAUAGCAAUAAAUAUUCAGCCUCUGGACUUAAAUGUCUGGCUGAGAUCAGGUCAGUCAUCACUAAAUUCAAAUGUAACAGUUGUUGGUUUUUCUCCUGCUAUUUAAAGCAAAAUUUAGGCUUCAAUGCAUUUCCCCCCUCAUUAGAAAUGAGACUGGCAGUAUGAUGGUGCUUGUGUGUGUUUGGUGGUGACUGGACUGUUUGAAAGAUGGGUUUUAGUAUUACUAAUAGAAAGCAUCAGAUCAAACUAGCCAGAUAACAUGCAUGAUUUUGAAGAGUGAGCACACUUGUUGUUUAGAACAGUAAAACUGUGUUUGAACAAACUCACCAUCUUGUCUGCUCACAAAAAAAGGUUUUUAAGUACCUGUGCCAAAAUGUCAGCCAUGUGGCUACAAGGUUGUUACAGACCGUAAACUGGUGGCAAAAUGAAAAGCAACUAACUUAUUGUCCUAAUUACAAGCAGAACUAAUGACUUAAAUGGCACAGCACGCACAGCCAUCAUUUGAAAGAGUCUGAGGCUGAGUUGUUUCCCUCUUCAAAGUAAGAAGAGCAGGCUAACACUCACCAGUCUGCACACAGACAUUUAUAACCUAUGCAGUUUGUGAUAUUCCAAUCAGAGGCAAGGUGUUUCAAGCAAAGAUUCACUGCAUUAACAUCUUUCAUUUUAGAUGCUCAUUUUUAAUAUGAUAAUUAGCCUAAACUGGGACUGCUUCAUUGCCAGUAAAUUGGUAUAUCUAUCUGAAUUAAUGAGCUAAGAAUGUUUUCUUAAAGUGUUUGCCAAUGUCCGAAAGAACAGUUUCAAUCUAGAGCCUACAACGUGCCUACAUCUCUAGCCUCAGUAAUAUCACCAUCAACAAAGAUAUUCAGUUUACUGUCAAAGAAGUGGUUUCAGAGCUAUGAUGUUUGUGAUGACAUCAACUAUCUUGUUUGUAGCCCUUGGAGAAGUCACAAAUGUACUGUCUAAGAUCAUGUGUUAUCCUGUUUUUGAGUGAACUUUCCCUUUAACCUCAGAUGCAGUUCACAGAAAUGGAACAGAUGGCUCUGUGGCCAUUCCUGCAUCUUAGUCUUAUUUUUAAUAGACUCUUUUGUUUAUCUUGUGUUAUCAUGAAUGUUUUGUCUGUCUGUGCUAAGCACCACCAAGUUGAAUGCACACCGAGAGGCUCUAAAUCCCAAAUAGACAACUUACAUUCAGGCUAUGAACUGUUGCUGCCUUUCUCUUUCUCUACCGAAUUGUUUAACUGACGGUAACUCAAGAACAAAAGUGUGUUGGAGAUACCUGAAUAAAAUUCAGUAUCGCAACAGGA